AUGGCCCAGAUUUUUUUCAACAGCUUCAGGCAGAAGGGCACACUUGCACUAUGGGCACUUGUGGUGACUGCACAAUACAUGGUGGGAUCCAACUGUCUUCUUGUAGCAUCCCACCAAAUAUUCACAUAUUCUCAUGAUUGUGCACUUCCCUUCUCUAGCAUUUUGUCUUAUGUGAACAAGUCUACAAGCACACCCAUAAUUGCUGUCUGGUUUGUCAUCAUCUUGGCAACACUACUUGGCCUCCUUGCAUUUGCAGGCAUGCAGGCCAUUGAUGCUAUCUUUCCAUUGGCAAUCAAUGCUGUCUAUAUCACUUACUCCAUUACCAUCACAGCACAUUGGUUGGGUGACAAUGAUUUCAAGCAUGGACCAUUUCACCUGGGAAUUUUUAGCUUGCCAAUAUCAAUAAUUGCAGUGUUAAUCAUGGUUUUCAUGAACAUCAUGUUCCUCUUCCCUUUGGUGCCCAGCAUGAGUGCAACCACAAUGAAAUACACUGUUGUUGUUCUUGGAGGUGUCCUUGGGCUAUCUCUUGUAUGGUAUUAUUUUCCUGUGUAUGGUGACAUACACUGGUUUGCUGGACCUGUGCUGAACAUUGGAAGAGGCAAUGGGGAUGGGAUAGAUCUGGAUAUGCAGAACAGCAGUGGGGAAAAGGGUGGAGUAAAAGGCACAUUGGGAGCCUAA